AUGACCCGGGCCACCACCCCUGAAGAGGCACAGCCCGAGAAGGGCACCAAGAAGCGUGCCGCCGUCGUCGGCUUGGGCAUGGUUGGCAUUGCCUUUGUCGAGAAGCUGCUCAAGUACGACCUGGAGGGCGGCCGGGACGAGUGGGAGGUCGUCGUCUUUGGCGAGGAGCCCCAUAUCGCGUACAAUCGUGUGGGCCUUACCCAGUACUUUACCAACCGCUCCAUCGAAGCACUGUACCUCAACCCCCUCGAGUGGUACUCGUCCCACGCCAAGGGCAAGCUCACCUACCACACCUCUGAUGCUGUCACUGCCAUCAACGCCGAGGCAAAGACCCUGACGACACAAAAGGGGAUCGAGUUUGCUUACGAUGAGUGCAUUCUCGCCACAGGCUCUGAUGCGGCACUGCCCCCUUACAUCACCCGUGAAAGGUUCUUCAAGACCAAGGGUGCCUUCGUCUACAGAACUAUCAAGGAUCUGAACGACGUGAUCGGCUAUGCCGUGGAUGCACCCAAGACACUCGGACGUCCGAUUCGCAGGGCGGCCGUCAUUGGCGGCGGCCUUUUGGGCCUUGAGGCAGCCAAGGCCCUCUUGGACUUGGAAGAAGUCGAGCAGGUGGUCCUGGUGGAACGCAACCAAUGGGUUCUGAGCCGCCAGCUUGAUCGCGAAGGCGGCACACUGGUCCUCGAAAAAGUCAGGGCCCUCGGUGUCGAGGUGCUUCUGCAAGCUCGCGUGCGCAGCUUGCUGUGCGAUGCCGAGGAGCGCGUCACCGGUCUCAUGCUUGAGGGCAAGGACGGCAACCCAGACGAGCCCUAUGAUAUCGACAUGGUCACUUUUGCCGUCGGCAUUAACCCGCGAGACGAUCUUUCCAAGUCAACCCCGCUUACUGUGGCGGCAAGGGGCGGCGGCUUCGUUGUCGACACCAAGCUCCGCACAAACCUGGACAACAUCUACGCCAUCGGCGAGUGUGCCAACUUCCUAGGCCAGACCUUUGGCUUGAUUGCGCCCGGCAUCGAAAUGGCCGAUGUCUUGGCUUUCAAUCUGACAGAGGGCCCGCACCACCAGCUGCGAGACUUGAAAGAGCCCGACGUGAGCACAAAGCUGAAGCUCAUGGGCGUCGACGUUGCCUCUUUUGGUGACUUCUUCGCCGACCAGGGCAAAAUCAGCAAGCCUCUGCCCGGUGGUACAACAAGAGGCCGUAAAGGCGACACAAAGCUCUCUCCUGAACAGAUCAGGAAAAAGGUCAAAUCCCUGAUCUAUCGAGACCCGUUCUCCGACGUAUACAAGAAAUACAUCUUCACUGCUGACGGCAAGCACAUCCUCGGCGGCAUGAUGGUCGGGGACGUCAAGGACUUUGUCAAGCUGGUUGCUCUGUGUAACAAGGGCACGAGCAUUGAUAAGGCACCGGCCGAGUUCAUCAUCGGCGCCAAGAAGGAGGGCGAGGAAGAAGGCGACGACCUGCCCGACGAUGCCCAGAUUUGCAGCUGCCACAAUGUCACCAAGGGUGCUGUGGUCAAGUGUGUCAAGUCCGGGGGCAUCCACUCGUUUGGCGAGAUGAAGUCGACGACCAAGUGCGGCACCGGCUGCGGAGGCUGUAUCCCUCUGGCCACAAGCAUCUUCAACCGCGCGCUCAAGGACGCCGGCGUCGAGGUGUCCAACCACAUCUGCAAAGACUUUGCCCAUUCGCGCCAGGACCUGUACCAGAUCGUCAAGUUCAAGAAACUCAAAGACUUCACCAGCAUCAUGCGCGCCGCGGGCAAGAAGCCCGACAGCCUAGGCUGCGAGAUCUGCCGGCCUGCCGUCGGCUCCAUCCUCAGUUCUCUCUACAAUCAGUGGAUCAUGGAGCCAUCGCUGCGACAGACACAAGACACCAACGACAGGUAUCUCGCCAACAUGCAGCGUGACGGAACCUACUCUGUGGUACCCCGCUUAGCAGGCGGCGAAGUAACUCCCCAGGGACUCAAGGUCCUGGGAGAGGUUGCUACCGAGUAUGGGCUAUACACCAAGAUCACCGGCGGCCAGCGCAUUGACCUGUUUGGCGCCAAGAAGCAAGACCUCCCGCAGAUCUGGGAGAAGCUGGUGGCUGCCGGGUUCGAGAGCGGACACGCUUACGGCAAGGCGCUCCGGACCGUCAAGUCGUGCGUGGGCAGCACGUGGUGUCGCUACGGCCUGGGUGACUCUGUCGGGCUGGCGGUCGAGCUCGAGCAGCGCUACAAGGGACUACGUGCACCACACAAGUUCAAGGGUGGCGUGUCUGGCUGUGUGCGCGAGUGCGCCGAGGCCCAGAGCAAAGACUUUGGGCUGAUUGCCACGCCCAAGGGGUGGAACGUCUUUGUUGGGGGCAACGGUGGCGCAAAGCCACGGCACGCAGAGCUGAUUGUCGAGGACGUGACCAAGCGCGAGGCCAUCAGAGUCCUCGACCGCUUCCUCAUCUUCUACAUCCGCUCCGCUGACAAGCUGGAGCGUACGGCACGGUGGAUUGAGAGAUACCCGGGUGGUCUCAAGGCCAUCAAGGAUGUCGUCGUCAACGAUUCUCUCGGCAUCUGCGAGGAGCUGGAGAAUGAGAUGGAGACGCUUGUCGGUACCUACCACUGCGAAUGGACCAACGUCGUCAACAGCAAGGAGCGCAGAAAGGCGUUCAGGCAGUUUGCCAAUACAGACGAGACACAGAACGUCUCGGAGCUCCUCAGCGAGCGGCUGCAGAACCGUCCCGCCGACUGGCCUGUGGACAACUCGCCUUUGCACAUGAACGUGCGAGACGUGGCCCAAGACGCGCCCUGGGAGUGGCGCUCUGUGUGCAAGCUCUCGGAGCUGGACCGCCAGGCCGACUCGCCCACGUCUGUCACCAUCAAGUACGGCGACGUGCAGCUGGCAGUGUGGAACAUCCCUGGUCGCGGGUUACGAGCGUCCCAGAACAUGUGUCCCCACCGCCGCGCCUUUGUGUUGGCUGAUGGACUCGUCGGCGAGGACGACAAAGGACGCGAGUACGUGUCGUGUCCUCUACACAAGCGCAACUACCUGCUAGGCUCGGACCAGGAGAACGGGGGCGGUAGCUGCUCGGACGCGGACUACUCUAUCAUGACCUUUGAGGCCAAGGCGGACGAGGAGGGCGACACGAUCCUGCUCAAGCUCCCGCCAACGGAUGCGCUGGACGCGGUGCUCUCGACGGAGAAGUGGAUGCUACGCAAGGCCAAGGAGGAGGCGGAGAAGCUAGGGGCUGACGCCAAUGGGGUCGAGAUUGCUAAGCGGCUGCCGGCGGAUAAGAUGGAGGAGAAUCGUCACAAAGUGCAUGCCGAGAUGGGUCGCCAAGCGACUCCUCCACCGCCCGAGGCUGCGGCCAAAAGUAUGUGUGGUGGUGGCGCUGAUUUGGAUUGGUAG